UCAUUCGAACACUCAAUCACCAAAACAUCUAUUCUAUCCUACUAGUCAAAUAUUACCCACCAUCUUCUCAAAAUGAAGUUCACCGCCAUCAUCGCCUUGGCUCUCGCCUCUGUCUCCGUCAGCGCUUAUCCCAUCACUGGCGAAGCUGUCAACUGUCGCACUGGCCCAGGCACCAGUUUCGCCAUCAAAAAGACAUACAAGAAAAGCCAAGAUGUCUCUGUAACCUGCCAAACCUCAGGUACCAGUGUCAAUGGCAACUCUAUCUGGGACAAAACUUCCGAUGGCUGCUAUGUCGCCGACUACUACGUCAAGACCGGCUCCAGCAGCUAUGUGACCAAGAAGUGUGACUCCUCUCCCAAACCUCCUAGCGGUGGCAGCAAGAUUCCUGGUCCUAUGACCAACGACUACCCGUACAAGAACCAGUGUGGACCGGUCGAUAAGUGGGCGUAUUUCAAGUGUCAAUGCACCAGCUUUGUUGCUUGGCGCAUCAAUGAGCGCUUGGGCAUCAAGUUCCAUAACCAGUACAAGGGCACAAACUGGGGCAACGCGAAUACUUGGGACGAAGCCGCCCGCCGAACUGGCGUUGCUGUCAACAACAAGCCUGUGCCUGGGUGUAUCGCUCAAUCAAAUGCAGGCAAAGCGGGACACGUUGCUUGGGUGUCAAAAGUUGAUGGCGAUAAGGUGACUAUUGAAGAAUAUAACUGGGCGCACCCUGAAGGAUAUGGUACUCGAACAGUGGCCAAGAGCAGCUUUAACUACAUUCACGUCAAGGUGUGAUUUUGAGUUGGAACAUUCGUGAUGAUAGUAAUAGUUUGGGAGAGUCUUCUUUUGAACCGGAUAAUACAGCAGGGGCAUCAUGAAAGCGAUACUAUCCAGCAAUAAAUUUCC